AUGUGUAUGAACCGGAAAUGUAUGGAUAGUUCCGGUUCCUGUGACCACAUGACUGGGGAGUGUGUUAGUGGAUGCAAACGAGGAUAUCAGUCUGUGGAUUGUACCGAGCCUUGUUCUGUUGGAACAUAUGGCUACAACUGCAACGCGUCAUGUGAUUAUCGACACGGCAGUGGUAAUCAAGACUGUGACAAAUUCUUUGGGACCUGUACUCAGGGAUGUCUGAGUGGCUGGGAAUUGCCAAACUGCGAAGUUGAAUGCUUUGAUGGCACGUAUGGACCUGAAUGUAGAUUCAUCUGUAGUGAAAGACACUGCAAAGGAGACAGUACGUCAUGUGAUACACAAACUGGAACUUGUCUUAAUGAUUGUCAGUCCGGAUUGAAGACAACAAGUUGUAUCGUAGCAUGUGACACUGGUACAUACGGCCCAGACUGUCAGUUAUCCUGCUCACAGAGACAUUGUCAGGACGACGCUGCCAGUUGUGACCAUGUUACUGGUUCCUGUGGAGGACCAUGCAAGGACGAUUGGAAGGAAAUAGACUGUACAGGAUGUACAGGGGCAUAUGGCCCAGGAUGCAAUUCGCCAUGCAGCGCCAGACACUGUGAAGCUGAUGACGCGCCAUGUGAUCACGUGACUGGAUCAUGUAAUGGACCAUGUAGUGCUGGUUGGCAAGGAGAUACGUGUACUGACAAAUGUGACACUGGUAAAUACGGUGAUAACUGUGCCAUGUACUGUGCCGCCAGAAACUGCAGAGACAGUGAUGUCUGUCCUAUUGAAGACGGGCAAUGUGUAAGUGGAUGCAUCUCUGGAUUUCAUAGAGUGGACUGCGUGCGAGGUAAGAAUAUUAUCAGUGAUCAGAGAAUGAAUGGAUACAUCUUCAACAACACCCCAACACGAAAACACACAUCGGCUAUUGGGUAUCAAACAGGUUUACGAAUAGGAUAAAAUUAGAUAUAAAACAUACAAUUAUGUGCAAAAAAAUUAAAUAAUAAAAACAUUGGGAGAAAGCACAAUAUAAUACCAUACAAAUAUCAAGGUAAGUAUAUUUUAGAACUUUUAUCGAGUUGUAAAAGAAAUGAAUCUGAGAAAUGCAA